ACGAGCAUGCAAGUAUAUACUAUUGGUGAUGACGUGAGAGAGCAACUAUUACGUUGGAAUAGCGACUGAGCACAUCCAUCUCCGCACGCGCGCGUCUGCGCGCGCGCGCAAGCAACACGAAGAUAAUUCAGAAAGAAAGGAAUAUAUCUACAUAAGAGAGAAACGAUAACGGAAUAAAGGAAUAACCUAUAACAUGUCAAACGGUCUCUCAUGCAAGUAUGUUUUGAAUGGGAAACAAAGUUGAUGUUGGAAAUAUGAGACUCUCAGUUAUGCAAGAAAACGAUGGAAGUGAUCGAGGGAAAUCGUCUGAAAAUCAACUCUCCGAUGAUGAGAUCAUAAUGGACAAUGAUAAGUACUUGGAGGAUAAUGACACUUUAGCGAGGGAAGAAGGUUCUAUGAUAUCCAAUCUUCCUCUUUUAUUCGCUAACGGGUAUCCUACAUCUUUGGAAAAAAUCACAAUGGCACAGCUGGAACGCUUUAUAUCGUUUAUGGUACAUUGCUCAUUAGGCCAUGAUACCACCAAGGUUAUUAAUCAACCUGAGUGGUGGCCUCAGCAUGUCAAGUUUUCCAAUCCAUUGAUGAGACCCAAAAAGAUCAAUGAUAACUGGAUGGCGAACUUGAAGAAAUUGGUCUUUCGAUGUUACACUUAUCACAGAAGCGAAUAUCUGUUGCGCUUUUGUUCCUUAUUGGCGCAGUAUCCCCGCGAGGACUUGGAGUACAUUAAUAAUUGGGACUCGACGACUAGUUUGUAUCACAAGAGUACUGGGAAACUCUUGGUGACAUUCCGCAAUGAAAACCUGUAUUACGACAGAAAAAAUGACAGUUCUCGAAGAACAUUAUUAUCUCACAAUGCAUCUUCCUCGAACUAUGGCAAUAAGUCCAAACAACAACAAACCCCCAUGAUGGUUCAGCCACCAUGCGAUGAUAUUUAUCUGUGUGACAAUUGCGAUGCUGAAUUUGUUGGUCUUGCGAAAAUGAAGGAACAUGAGGAAACCUGUUGCGAGCAAGAGCACGGUGGUAGCGGCUCGCGUUCAUCCACACCAGAUCUGGCGGUCGAACCUGAAUUACAGCAAGAUCAGUUUCUAGAAUAUUUCCAAUUAUUCUCAAAUAAGACUCAAGUCAAGUCGGUUCGCGCGAACAGCGCGAGUGGCUCCGACAACGGCAUCGUUAGACGGACGUCUCGGCGUGUUAGAGGUUCCGUUAACUUCGCGCGAUGCGCCACUAUUCCAUUCUCAUCGCCUGCCGGCAUCGUACUAGCCAAGAAGUCAAAAGCAAUGACCGAGGAGACGCAGCAAGAACGAUUAGACAGAAUAGAGAGACAUGUGAUCGCACCAGUAUUGAACGAUUCGUGUAGACCAAAAUGGCUGGAUACAAAGACGAAUUAUGUUAGUAGAUGGAUAGUAUCGUACAAACAAAAUCGAGAUAAACUCCCGGCUGACGAUUACGUGCAUCAAUAUAAAUUCGACAACUCCUGUAAACCAGUCUUGAGCAUACGGUCGCAAUUGCUGUACACCGCUUGUCGACCGAUUUAUGUUGUUCUUACGAAACUUAGCGAGAAACAGAUUGACGAAUUAAGGAAGAAUCCUUCCAAGUACCAAUCUGCUCAAGAGAACAUUAAUACACGGAAAAUAUUGUUAACAAGAAAAUCAGGACCAGCUUGCAAAACGAAGCCGAAGAAGACGGGCCAUCAGGAACAAAACGCGUUUACGUCCUCGAAACGUAAAGCGCCAUUGGGAGAUGAAUCCGAUCCGAUCAUUGUUGAGGAUGAAAGUACCGAUAUCAGUACAUCAACUGCAAUUACUAAAGAGGCCUUAAUCGCGAUCAGUGAUGUGAAGUCAUGCUCUGUGGACAGUGCAGAAACGAAUGCGAAAUUAAUCAAGGAGAGAAAGUGUUCGUCAAGCACAAUUACGUUAAUCGAUCUUUGCUCAUCAGACGAAGAGGAGGACCAUCUGAAUGUUCAAACACCCUGUGACGAGAACAAAGAUCCCAUGAGUUCUGCCGAGUCUUCGAUCGCCAAGUCGCUUUUACGAAAAUUUAAACCGAAGCAAGCUUUAUGCGAAGCCUUGCACUUACCCCGUACUCUCAUCGACAGACUAGUUAUCGAGCAGAGUUCCGAACGCAGAUAGAAAUUAACUGUUAAUCAUCUGUUAAACGAACACGUAAUACUUUUCUCCGAUCCUCUCCGAUCAAGUUGAUCAUCGUAAAUACGAAAUCCAUACACGAUAUGUACGAGUUAAUUAGAGAUAAACGCGUACACAAUAAGUUAUUGACGAGAUAACUUGUGCUCUGCUUGCACACAACACACGUGCACGUGUUUUCUUUAUUUAUUAUUUUAAUGAUUGGUUGAUAACAAUUGGAAUAUUGAGUUACCGAUUACCGCGUAAUUGUUGUAAUUUCUUGGUUUUUUGUUUUUUUUUGUAAUACAAGUAUCGCUCGCAGUCGGAGAUUGUAUCACGAGUAAGAGGAAUCAUCGAGUCAAGUUCAAGUAGAAUAUACUGGAAUCUUGUCACGGGUGUACGAUAGCCGAAUGAUAUAAUUUGUUAUAGAAAAAAGUCUGCUAUUAUAUAAUAUUAAUAUAAAAAGAGAAAAAGUAAAUUUUGAUUUAAGUAAGUAUAUUUUGAAUAUUCACACACACACACACACACACACACAGAUACAUAGCACACAGAAGAGGACACGAGUGCACUUUUUAAUACUUUCGUGGCAAAUAUAAAAUUUUACAAAAUGAUUGACUUUUAAGAAGAACAAAUUUGUUUUACAUCAUAGGUAUAUAUUUGCACACGAAAAUCAUAAUGGUAAUUUUGUAGGAAGGCUUAAAGUUGCAAUUUCCUAAUUACAUUGCUGAAAGCUAUUAGAAUUUUCUUCCUCCAAAUGUUCUCGGAGGAAUCUGUGAUCAACAGAUGCUGCGAGGUAACUUCGAGAUAAUUGUUUAUAAGAGAAAGUUUUCUUUAUCAGAACCAUUGAAAAUAAUCACCAGUGACAAUACGUAAA